CGUCACGUCUCCAACAUAUCGCAACUUCCAAACUCAUCGGCCAUGGCCUCCACUCUUCUUCGUGCUACUGUUUUCUUCUUCCUCAACAUUCUAUUGGUCGCUGAUUUCGCCUACUCGCAAUCGUUCAUCGGAAUCAACUACGGUCAAGUCGCCGAUAACCUUCCUCCGCCGUCGGCGACGGCGAAGUUACUUCAAUCAACUUCAAUCGAGAAAGUUCGACUCUAUGGUGCUGAUCCGGCCAUCAUCAAAGCCCUAGCAAACACGGGGAUCGGAAUUGUAAUCGGCGCUGCCAACGGUGACAUUCCAGCCCUAGCGUCCGACCCGAAUUUCGCCCAAAAUUGGGUUAACGCGAAUGUAGCCCCCUUCUACCCGGCGAGCAAAAUCAUCCUCAUCACGGUCGGCAACGAGGUGAUAACUUCCAAUGAUCAAAAUCUGAUGAACCAGCUCUUGCCGGCAAUUCAGAAUCUCCAAAACGCGCUGAAUUCGAUAUCUCUGGGGAGUAAUAUUAAGGUUUCCACUGUCCACUCAAUGGCGGUGCUUCGCCAAUCGGAGCCGCCAUCGUCUGCGGUCUUCCACCCCAACUAUAUGAGCGUGUUGAAGGGGCUACUGGAGUUCAACAGCGCGACUGGAUCGCCAUUCACCAUUAACCCGUACCCAUACUUCGCGUAUCAAAGCGACCCGCGGCCGGAGACUUUGGCGUUCUGUCUUUUCCAGCCCAACGCCGGGCGGCUCGAUACAAACACCAACAUCAAGUACAUGAACAUGUUCGACGCUCAGGUGGAUGCCAUAAGAUCGGCGUUGAACUCCAUGGGCUUCAAGAACGUGGAGAUUGUGGUGGCGGAGACUGGUUGGCCGUACAAAGGAGACGGCGGCGAGGUUGGCCCAGGUCUCGAGAAUGCUAAAGCAUUCAACGGUAAUCUGAUUGCGCACCUCCGAUCCAUGGUUGGGACGCCAUUGAUGCCAGGAAAAUCAGUGGAUACGUAUCUCUUUGCGCUGUACGACGAAGAUUUGAAACCUGGGCCUGGCUCUGAGAGAGCUUUCGGAUUGUUCAAACCUGAUCUUACAAUGACGUACGACGUCGGCCUUUCAAAAAGUGGCCAGAGUACUCCGGCUUCUCCCAAAACACCAGCGACGACUCCAUCGUCCCCGGCAAAUCCAUCGACGAAAGCACCGGCGGGUCCAAAGCCAAAAGCAGGGGGAGGGUCAUGGUGCGUGCCGAUGGGCGGUGUAUCAGACGCCCAGCUCCAAGCCAAUUUGGACUACGCGUGCGGAAGAGGGCUUGAUUGCAGCGCCAUUCAGCCCGGCGGCGCGUGUUUCGAGCCAAACACCAUAGCCUCACACGCCGCCUACGCCAUGAACCUCUUCUUCCAGGCCGCCGGCCGAGAUCCAUGGACCUGUGACUUCUCACACACUGCCACACUUUCCUCCAACAAUCCAAGCUACAAUGGGUGCAAUUAUCCUGGUGGGAGCACGUGAAUGUGAUGUAAAUUUGAGGAAGAAGAGAGAGGCUUGCAAGUUCUCAGCAGGUCGACUGGAGGAUAAAGAUCAAGAUUCCAACUCCAUUAAUAUGUAUAUUUUUCUGAUGGUUUUGAAAAUAAUUUUUUUUUUCUAAAUAUUAUAUAAUAUCGGUUUUAGCUUUGACUACUGAGAGCAUGUUUGUUGUAAAUUGUAAAUUCUGAUUGUGUGUAAUGUGCCCCUGAAGAAAUGUUAAAUUGGUGGUGUUUUGCUUUCCUCUCAAA